UGAGAAGCUGCUAUGCAAAAUUUCUGCACAUGAUGACUGUUGCUGUAUUAUGCCAUUCACUUUCAUCUUCACCUCUCUGAGUUUGACACCUGAUUUUGAUCCAGCCGUGGAUACUAAAGAGCAGAGAUCCCAUGGCUCUUUUACGCAAAUACAUCUGGGUGUUGGUGAUACUGGGGAUGGUUUUUGUGUCAGUGGUGAUCAGCCUGAUCUUCGUCAUCAUCAACAAGUGUAUUUCCAGAAAAGGCAAACAUCAAAUUGUACACCUUCAGGAAAGAUCUGACUUCAAAGUCGGGAGCAACAAAUACCAGAUGAAACCACCUGACUCGGGCACACCUCCUCUUCCUCCUCGAACACAGUUUCUCACAGCAGAGGCCCAGAGGUAUGAGAACCAGGCUGAAGAACUGGACUGUGAGGACCAGAGUGAUCACGACUAUGAGGAAACCCUGGAUCAGAAGCUUGACUCUGUGAAGGUGCAGGAAAAUGCAAGGAUCCUUUGUCCUCCUCCACUCUUCAAUCAUCCAAGCAUGAAUUCAGAUGUUUCAGUUAGUCAGAGCUAUGAGAACCUAGCUGAAGAACUGGACUGUGAGGACCAGAGUGAUCACGACUAUGAGGAGACCCUGGAUCAGAAGCUUGACUCUGUGAAGGUGCAGGAAAAUACGAGGAUCCUUUGUCCUCCUCCACUCUGCAAUCAUCCAAGCAUGAAUUCAGAUGUUUCAGUUAGUCAGAGCUAUGAGAAUCUGGCUGAGGAGAACGACUACGAGGAGAGCGUGGAUCCACAGUUGGACUAUGUGAAGGUGGAGGAUGAAAUUGAGAGUUUUCCUCCUCCUCCUCCUCCUCUCUGUGAAUCGGAUCCAGAUAUGAAAUGCAACAUUUCUUUCGGUCAAAGCUAUGAAAAUCUUGCUGAUGGGAAGGAGCAUGCUGAGAGCAUGGACCAGCAGUCAGACUAUGUAAAAGUGAAGGAUGAAGAGGAGGUCCUACUUCGUCAAAAGGAUGCAGCAACGGACAACUUCUCCACUGCCUCCACUGAGGACUAUGAUGAUAUUGGAGGCGAUGAUGAGGAAGACUAUGACGAUGUCAUUUAAGAUCACAAUAGAAAGAGACAAAGACUGACUCCUGCUUUGCAGAGAUUUCACUCAUGCACCAAGUCCUUCCAUUGCUAAUCUUUUAUUAUUCUCAGUUAUGAGAAAGCAGAACAUCUGGAGAUAACAGCAGUCCAUCAUGUGGAUUUUGGACAUUUGGUUGUGUUUAUGAUUCCUCCACAACUUAUUUACUGAUCAUUUAUUGUUUAAGCCUUUUUUUAUCUUUUUGCUUUAAAAUCUUGUGAGCUGUUUUUUAAAAUAAAGCACAUGUAAUUUUUCUUUGGAAAAUAUAUAUAAACAGCGAACAUACUGUGCAUCACAUGAAUGUCAUUGAAAGGUAAUCGAUUGAUUGUGUUUGUUCUGUUUUCUAACUUCUCUGCUAAACUAGAUGGUGCAGAGAUUUUUUUUUAAUAAAAGAAAUGUGAACAAAAUGAAAAAAGCAACAAAAAAUAACUGUAAAAAAUUACAACACUGCCGUAUUUAUAAAUCAUGUUCCUUAGGGUAGUGUUCUGCUUUUCAGAGCAUUUAAAAAAAAGGCGAGUUUCUGAACAUCUGGAAUACAGUGAAUGUUUUAUUUUUAUUAUGGGUCACUGCAGUGGUGUGAAAAGUAUUUCAAUAUUAAAAGUAUUUGAUUAUUUUUAUUCAUUAAGGGAAAAUAAUCUAAACCAACCUGGUCCAGUCUCUGGCAAUGAGUCUUUUAAAUCACUGUGAAAGAAUGUUCGUCCACUCUGCUUUGCAGAAUUGUUUUAAUUCAGCUACAUGGAUAGGAUGGUUUGAGUAUGAAUGGCCCUUUUAAGGUCAUGCCACAGUAUAUUUUGAAUUAGGUUUUAGUCCAGACUUUGACUAGCCCACUCCAAAACCUUAAUUUUGUGUAUUUCAACCACUCAGAGGUGGAAUUGCAGAUUUGUUUUGGAAUAUUUUCCUGCUGCAGAACCCAACUGCGUUUGAGCUUUAGGUGGCAUUCUUAAGGCUGGAAUUCUCCUUCAGGAUGUUCUUUUUCUGAAAUGCAGUUAGUUUUAGGUCAGAUUUAAUGGGAUUUUGUCUUGUCAGUCCCCAGAAUAUUUUCCCAAAAGUCUUGAAGAUUAUCAAGAUGUUUUUCGGCCAACAUGAGAUGGGCUUUUGUGUUUAUUUUUUGGUCAGUUGUGGUUCUGACUUUGCAACUCUACCCAGAUGCCAUUUAUGCUCAAUCUCUCUCUCUUGUUCUUGAAACAUGACCUCUGACCUUCACCGACUCCUGCCAACUCCUGAAUUAGUCAUCAAUGCUCUUCUGGUGUAAUUUUGGUAAGUCGCCCACUCCUGAGAAGGUUCACCAUUGUUUCAUGUUUACAUCCUUUGUGGAUAAUGGUUCUCACUGUGGUUCACUGCAGUCCAAAAGCCAUAGAACUGACUUUGUAACCAUUUCCAGACUAAUGUCAGUUCUUUUGUCUGCCAUCUGUUCUUGUAUUUCUUUAUAUCGGGUCAUGAUGUGUUUCUUUUUUAGAUCUUUUGGCCUUAAUGAUGUUGUCAGGCAGGUUCUAUUUAAGAGAUUUCUUUAUUCUACAGGUCCAACAGUAAUCAGGCCUGAGUGUGGCAGAUGACAUAGAACUAACAAAAUACAAUUCAAGAAGGCAAACAGUUAUAUUUUCACAUAGGACUAGGUUGGUCUGGACAGUUUGUUUCCUUAAUAAAUUAAAUCACUAUUAAAACCCA